UUGCCUCACUGCUGGUGACGGCGUCCUCCGAGGCUGCAGUGUCCUCAGGUUUCACGUGGAUUUACCCAGUAAUGGAUGGCCCCACCAAGGCCAGAUUGUGGACGUUCAGCAUCAAGGACACCAGGGGACUGACGACUUCAAAAAAAAGACUCUUUUUAAUAUUUUGGCGAUCUUUUUUCAGAGAAACUUUGGGGAUGUAGCCCUCACCUAUUUCCUGCAUUUGGCACCCAGGCGUCUUUUGGAAAGCACCAUUCUAAAUUUAUCCUGUUCUGAAUCAUCACUUCUGGUAGAUGCGCUUGCCUUGUUUGCGUGUGAUAUUUGAUUUCGUAGAGUGUUCUUUGGGCUAAGUUUGGUAUUUUACCUUUUGUAUAGAAUUCGAAAGUAGUAUUUAUUGAAAGGAGACUCAAAGAAAAUACUUGAGGACAUCCGAAGCCAGAUUAGAGGAUAUAACGUGUUUUGUUUUGUUUCUUUUUUAAUUAGAAAAAUAAGGAAUUACAGUGUGAUUUUUUUCCCCCAUUUAACUUAGAGGAACAAGGAUUAUACAGAAAUUUGAAAUUUCAACAAGAAAAACUUAAGCUUCAUUGGAUUUCCACGUCAAAGAAAAGUCCCAAGCUUUCAGAAAGAAUUCUUGCUUGAAGAUAAAGAACAACUUGCUAACCACAAAAAAGAAAUUGAUGCUAAGCUUUUAACUGCACUUCCUAAAGUUGCAGAAUUAAGAAAAAUCUUUGAACCAAAGAGGAAAGAAUUUUUAGAAAUGAAAAGAAAAGAGAGAAUUGCCAGGCGCUUAGAAGGGAUUGAAACCGACACCCAGCCCAUCCUCUUGCAGAGCUGCACAGGGCUCGUGACUCAUCGCCUGCUGGAGGAAGACACGCCCCGGUACAUGCGAGCCACAGACCCCGCCAGCCCCCACAUCGGCCGAUCAAAUGAAGAGGAAGAAACUUCUGAUUCUUCGGUAGAGAAGCCGACUCGAUCUAAACUCUACACAGAAACCUCAGGCGUCCAUGGUGACUCAUCUUACAGUUCAGGGAUCAUGGACACACAGAGUCUGGAGUCCAAAGCCGAAAGGAUCGCCAGGUACAAGGCGGAGAGGAGAAGGCAGUUGGCGGAAAAAUAUGGGCUAAGUCUGGAUUCUGAAGCCGACUCCGAAUCAACAUCUCGAUACAUCAAGUCCAGGAAGGACCCUGAUGCUGUGGAGAAAAGGGGAGGAAAAAGCGACCGCCAGGCCGAGUGGAGCAAGGAGCCGAGUUCUCUCUGCUCCAGGCCCGAGGGCGCGGGGCUCAGGGCGGGCGCGGCGGAGUGCAGGGGCUGCGCGGCCCGCGGGAGCGACGGCGUGGCCGACGCCGAGGUGCCGCUCGGCGUGGAGAACCAGCGACGCGCUCAGGGGCAGAGCGCCGCCGCGGCGGAGACCUCCCCGUGCUUCCCGUGCCCCGGGCCAGACGCCUCCGUCAGUGACGUGCCACGGUCCCCCAAGCAAGUGCGUGGCGCGUCCCUGUCCUCGCCGCGGCAGCCCGCCUCCCCGAGCCGCGCCGCUGGGGACUCGCCGUUCCCCGCCGAGGCUCGGUCCAGUACAGGGAAACCCAAACAUGAGUGGUUUCUCCAGAAAGAUUCCGAAGGGGACACACCUUCGCUUAUCAACUGGCCUUCCAGAGUUAAAGUUAGAGAAAAAUUGGUGAAAGAGGAGAGUGCUCGCAGCAGCCCUGAACUUGCCUCAGAGUCCUUAACUCAGAGGAGACAUCAGCCAGCCCAUUACCUGUCCUUUCAGUCAGAAAACUCGGCCUUUGAUAGGGUCUCGAGCAAGGCAGCCAGCUCCGCACGACAGCCGAUCCGUGGCUAUGUCCAGCCGGCAGACCCCGUUCACACUGCCAAGCUGGUGACCUCAGAAACCCCAGAAAAUGAAUCUGAGUGCAGCUGGGGGGGAUCAGCCACUCAGAAUGUCCUACAGCCUCCCACCUUGAAGGUUCUAGAAGGUGAGAGAAGAGAUACCCCAGUUCUCCAUAUUUGUGAAUCAAAAGCAGAAGAAGAGGUGCUCUUCACCGAAGCUCUCGAGAAAAGCAAGAAAACACCUUUGGCUUUGGAGGAUCGUGGGCUCGCUAGAAGCCACGAAGACCCCUCUAGAAAUGAGGACUUCGGUAAGCCAGCUGAUAGCACAAUCACCUUAGAACCUCAGAAGGAACUAGCAAGUCUGCCACAGCCACCUCAAGCCCAGCACCAGCCCACUGAGAGAAUGGGCAGGAGCGAAAUGGUUUUGUAUGUUCAGAGCGAGCCUGUGUCCCAGGAUGCCAGGGUGACAGGUCACAAAAAGGAAGCAUCCACGAGGAAGCACAAGGUCCUCACCCGCUCCCUGUCUGACUACACCGGCCCCCCUCAGCUCCAGGCCCUGAAGUGUAAGGACCCGGCUUCAAAGCGAGAGCCAGAGCCGCAGAGUUCCAAAACGGAGGGGCUGCACACAGAAGUUGGCGUGCUGGACACAAAGGUCUCUGUCGCCCAGCUCCGAAAUGCAUUUCUGGAAUCUGCCAGUGCCAGCAAGAAACCCGAACUCCAACCACGGGUUGAGAGGUCAACCGAAGGAGUUGGCUUGCCUACCAGUGUGGAACGGGAGAGAGGGUCCCGGAAGCCAAGACGCUAUUUUUCUCCUGGUGAAAGUAGAAAAACUUCUGAGAGAUUUAGAACUCAACCUAUAACCUCAGCAGAACGAAAGGAAUCGGAUAGGUCUACAUCUACUUCAGAAAUGCCAACUGCUGAGGAUGAAGAAAACGUAGAUGAACGAGCCAAGCUGAGUGUGGCUGCCAAGAGGCUGCUUUUCAGGGAAAUGGAGAAGUCAUUUGAUGAGAAAAGUGUUCCGAAGCGACGCUCAAGAAAUGCGGCUGUGGAGCAGAGGCUGCGGCGUCUGCAGGACAGGUCCCACACCCAGCCCGUCACCACCGAGGAGGUGGUCAUUGCGGCCACUGAACCUAUCUCUGCUUCCUGCUCUGUGGCCACCCACCCCGUAAUGACGAGACUUCCUAAUCCCACUGUAGCUAAGAGCCCUGUACAGCCUGCCAGAUUACAGGCAUCUGCUCACCAAAAGACUUUAGCCAGAGACCAGGCAAAUGAGGGCAGAGAUUCUACUGAACAAGGUGAACCUGAUUCCUCCACUCUCAGCUUAGCCGAGAAGCUGGCCUUGUUUAACAAAUUGUCCCAGCCAGUCUCAAAAGCUAUUUCUACCCGAAACAGAAUAGACAUGAGACAGAGGAGAAUGAAUGCUCGCUAUCAAACUCAGCCGGUCACGCUCGGAGAGGUCGAGCAGGUGCAAAGUGGAAAGCUCAUACCUUUUUCACCUACUGUUAACACAUCGGUGUCCACCAUGGCAUCCAUAGUCACUCCAAUGUAUGCCGGGAAUCUUCGGACAAAGCCAUCUGUGGAUGACAACACAAGUGCCAUUGACUAUAGGUUUCCUUCUUCAAUAGAAAAUUCAGACUCUCCAGUUAGAAGCAUCCUGAAAUCCCAAGCCUGGCAGCCUUCGGUAGAGGGUAGUGGGAACAAAGGAAUGUUGAGAGAAUUUGGAGAGACAGAAAGCAAGAGAGGCUCGACAGCUGUAGAUGGUGGUGUUAAAAAGUACGGGUCCUUUGAGGAAGCAGAGCCAUCCUACCCCAUCCUUAACAGAGUCCGGGAAGGAGACAGCCAUAAAGAACCCAAGUAUGCUAUUCUGAGAAAGGGAAGCCUGGAACUAGCUAAUCCUCCCCUCGCUCAUCUUGGUGAGGAACUGAAGGAGUUUCCUGCUGCUAAAAGCUCUGUACAGGGGAGCCCCGAUUCGAAGGACAGGCAGCCCUUUGAAGAGACAGUGAACAUGGAGAAUGUCACAAAAAGGAAAUUUUCCCUAAGGGCAGCAGAAUUCGGGGAGCCCAUUUCUGAGCAGACAGGCACAGCUGCCGAGAAAACUGUUGUUCAGACGGCAACCCCAGUGUCCUGGAAGCAGCAAGAUCCUUCAGAACAGCCACAGGAGAAACUCUUUAAGAAUCCAUGUGCGAUGUUUGCCACUGGAGAGAUCAAAGCACCCACGGUGGAGGGCAUCCUUGAUUCGCCCAGCAAAACCAUGUCCAUUAAAGAAAGAUUAGCACUGUUGAAGAAGAGUGGUGAGGAAGACUGGAAAAACAGACUUUCCAGAAAGCAGGAGUAUGGCAAGGCAUCUGUCAGCAGCAGCCUGCACAUCCAAGAAGUGGAACAGUCACUCAAGAAGAAGGAAGAAGGAGGAUUUACAGAUGAUAGUGCCAUUUCUAAUCUGCUUUGGGAACCUGUAUAUGCUUCUACUUAUUCUCCUGCUAUACCUGCUGCCCAUAAAUACCUGUCUUUUGUAUCUAUUAAUCAGCGGGUCACAGAGAGUCGAGAGAACCAAAUGUCUAUCGAGGAGAGGAAGCACCUCAUUACAGUGAGAGAAGAAGCCUGGAAGACAAAGGGCAAAGGAGCAGCCAACGACUCCACCCAGUUUACAGUGGCCGGCAGGAUGGUGAAGAAAGGUUUGGCAUCCCCCACUGCCAUAACGCCAGUAGCGUCCCCUAUUUGCAGUAAAACAAGGGGCACAACACCAGUUUCCAAACCCCUGGAAGAUAUCGAAGCCAGACCAGACAUGCAGUUAGAGUCAGACCUGAAGUUGGACAGGCUGGAAACCUUUCUGAGAAGGCUGAAUAACAAAGUUGGUGGGACGCAAGAAACUGUGCUCACUGUCACCGGCAAAUCUGUUAAAGAGGUGAUGAAGUUGGACGAUGAUGAAACCUUUGCCAAAUUUUACCGCAGCAUGGAUUAUACUGUACCAAGAAGCCCUGUGGAGCUAGACGAGGACUUCGAUGUUAUUUUUGAUCCUUAUGCACCCAAGUUGACGUCUUCUGUGGCUGAGCACAAGCGCGCAGUGAGGCCCAAGCGCCGGGUUCAGGCUUCCAAGAACCCGUUGAAGAUGCUGGCGGCCAGAGAAGAUCUCCUUCAGGAGUACACUGAGCAGAGACUAAACGUGGCCUUCAUGGAGUCAAAGCGGAUGAAAGUAGAGAAGAUGUCCUCCAACUCCAGCUUCUCAGAAGUCACCUUGGCAGGCUUAGCCAGUAAAGAAAACUUCAGCAAUGUCAGCCUGCGGAGCAUCAAUCUGACGGAGCAGAAUUCCAACAACAGCGCGGUGCCCUAUAAGAAGCUGAUGUUGUUGCAGGUUAAAGGAAGAAGACACGUGCAGACAAGGCUGGUUGAACCUCGAGCUUCGUCACUCAACAGUGGAGACUGCUUCCUGCUGCUCUCUCCCCAUUACUGCUUCCUGUGGGUAGGAGAGUUUGCAAAUGUCAUAGAAAAGGCGAAGGCCUCAGAACUUGCAACUUUAAUUCAGACGAAGAGGGAACUUGGAUGUAGAGCUACUUAUAUCCAGACUAUCGAAGAAGGAAUUAAUACACACACGCAUGCAGCCAAAGACUUCUGGAAGCUUCUAGGUGGCCAAACCAGUUACCAAUCUGCUGGAGACCCAAAAGAAGAUGAACUGUAUGAAACAGCCAUCAUAGAAACAAACUGUAUUUACCGUCUGAUGGAGGACAAACUUGUUCCUGAUGACGACUACUGGGGGAAAAUUCCCAAAUGCUCCCUUCUGCAAUCAAAAGAGGUACUCGUGUUUGAUUUUGGGAGUGAAGUGUACGUGUGGCAUGGAAAAGAAGUCACAUUAGCACAACGGAAAAUAGCAUUCCAGCUGGCAAAGCACUUAUGGAAUGGAACCUUUGACUACGAGAAUUGUGACAUCAACCCGCUGGAUCCUGGAGAAUGCAACCCGCUUAUUCCCAGAAAAGGACAGGGGCGGCCUGAUUGGGCAAUAUUUGGGAGACUUACAGAACACAAUGAGACGAUUUUGUUCAAAGAAAAGUUUCUCGAUUGGACCGAACUGAAGAGACCUAAUGAGAAGAACGCCGGCGAACUUGCCCAGCAGAAGGAAGAUCCCAGGGCAGACGUGAAGCCAUACGACGUGACCCGGAUGGUGCCAGUGCCCCAGACGACCGCCGGCACCGUGCUGGACGGGGUGAACGUGGGCCGCGGCUACGGCCUGGUGGAAGGGGACGACCGGCGGCAGUUUGAGAUUGCCAGUGUCUCUGUGGAUGUCUGGCAUAUCCUCGAGUUCGACUACAGCAGGCUCCCCAAGCAGAGCAUUGGGCAGUUCCAUGAGGGCGAUGCCUAUGUGGUCAAGUGGAAGUACAUGGUGAGCACCGCAGUGGGAAGUCGGCAAAAGGGAGAGCAUCCGAUCAGGGUGGCUGGCAAGGAGAAGUGUGUCUACUUCUUCUGGCAAGGCCGGCAGUCGACUGUGAGUGAGAAGGGCACGUCGGCUCUGAUGACGGUGGAGCUGGACGAGGAAAGGGGUGCCCAGGUCCAGGUCCUCCAGGGGAAGGAGCCCCCCUGUUUUCUGCAGUGUUUCCAGGGGGGAAUGGUGGUGCAUUCUGGGAGACGGGAAGAGGAGGAAGAAAAUGUGCAAAGUGAGUGGAGGCUGUACUGUGUGCGAGGAGAAGUGCCCGUCGAAGGAAAUUUGCUGGAAGUGGCCUGUCACUGUAGUAGCUUGAGGUCCAGGACUUCCAUGGUCGUCCUCAACGUAAAUAAAGCCCUCAUUUACCUGUGGCACGGAUGCAAAGCCCAAGCCCACACGAAGGAGGUUGGAAGGACAGCAGCAAAUAAAAUCAAAGAACAAUGUCCCCUGGAAGCAGGCCUGCAUAGUAGCAGCAAAGUGACCAUACACGAGUGUGACGAAGGAUCCGAGCCCCUGGGAUUCUGGGACGCGUUAGGAAGGAGAGAUAGGAAAGCCUACGACUGCAUGCUUCAAGAUCCUGGAAAUUUUAACUUCACACCCCGCCUGUUCAUCCUCAGCAGUUCCUCUGGCGAUUUCUUAGCCACAGAAUUCAUGUAUCCUGCCCGAGACCCCUCUGUGGUCAAUUCUAUGCCCUUCCUGCAGGAGGAUCUGUAUAGUGCACCGCAGCCAGCACUUUUCCUCGUGGACAAUCACCACGAGGUGUACCUCUGGCAAGGCUGGUGGCCCAUCGAGAACAAGAUCACCGGUUCCGCCCGCAUUCGCUGGGCCUCCGACCGCAAGAGCGCCAUGGAGACGGUGCUCCAGUACUGCAAAGGAAAAAAUAUCAAGAGGCCGCCCCCCAAGUCUUACCUUAUCCACGCUGGUCUUGAACCCCUGACCUUCACCAACAUGUUUCCCAGCUGGGAGCACAGAGAGGACAUUGCAGAAAUCACAGAAAUGGAUACAGAAGUUUCGAAUCAGAUCACCCUUGUGGAGGAUGUCUUAGCCAAGCUCUGUAAAACCAUUUAUCCACUGGCUGAUCUCCUCGCCAGGCCACUGCCCGAGGGGGUUGACCCUCUAAAGCUUGAGAUUUAUCUCACCGAUGAAGACUUUGAGUUUGCACUAGACAUGACCAGAGACGAGUACAACGCACUGCCCGCCUGGAAGCAGGCGAACCUGAAGAAGGCUAAAGGUCUGUUCUAGGGGCGACAUGCUGGGCGAACCGCUGUCCUCACUUUCAAUACCAUUGGACCAGGAAAAUGGAGAUGGUUUUGGACUGGUAUUUUAAAAAAUAUUUUUUAAUCAGAGUUUUCAACACCUGAAGUUAUGAGCUCUACUGCUUGUCCUGGAGUUGUGUAUUUUGUAAAUGUUUCAGAGAACUCUUUGGAAAGUCUCCUUCCACGAUACAGCAGGUCAUGUUAAUAAAGUAGCCUGGUGUGCACUCAAGCAGCUCCUCAGCGGCUACUCCAGCACUGCCCUCCUGUUCCAGCUAAGCGUUGCCUACAUUUUUUGAAGCAGUUCUCUUUAUAAAGUGUUAUUUUGAUAGUUUGUGAAUUCUAAAAUAUAUAUAUAUUUAUAUAAACACCAUA